GAGCGUUUAACGCCCUUUGCUCUUUCCUCCCAUCUCCUUCCUUCACCUGCCGCUUUUUGGGGCAUAUCUAUUUCUUCCUCUGCCAUGGCCGUCGCGUCCUCGUCAGACGUUGUCAUUCUUGCCCUGGGUGUAACCCUUGCUGCUGCAUAUCUCUUUCGAGAUCAAAUUUUUGCCCCAUCAAAGCCAAAAAUCGUAACUACUGCUCCUUCGAAAUCCGAAAAUGGUUCUGGUAAUCCUAGGGAUUUCGUUGCGAAAAUGAAGGAUGGCAAAAAACGACUGGUCAUUUUCUACGGGUCACAAACAGGCACAGCUGAGGAAUACGCUAUUCGUCUUGCCAAGGAAGCAAAGACGAAAUUCGGCAUUACUUCACUGGUCUGUGACCCCGAAGAAUACGACUUUGAGAACCUUGACGAAGUCCCCGAGGAUUGCGCUGUCUUUUUUGUCGUUGCCACGUAUGGCGAGGGUGAACCUACGGAUAAUGCUGUACAACUUACACAGAAUUUGACCGACGAUUCCUUUACGUUCGGCAAUGGUGAACACAAGCUUCCUGGUCUCAAAUAUGUCAUUUUUUCAUUGGGCAACAAAACUUAUGAACACUACAACGCCAUUGGUCGCAGUUACGACGCUGAGCUCACUAAGAUGGGAGCGGUCAGAAUCGGCGAAAGAGGGGAGGGAGAUGAUGACAAGAGUAUGGAAGAGGACUACCUCGAAUGGAAGGAUGCUAUGUGGGAGGCUUUUGCUACCGCCAUGAAUGUCGAAGAAGGACAGGGUGGUGAUACCGCUGACUUCACUGUCACUGAGCUCGAUUCUCACCCACAGGAGAAAGUCUACCUUGGUGAACUUUCUGCACGUGCUCUUACGAAGACUAAAGGUAUUCAUGAUGCUAAGAACCCAUACGCAUCUCCCGUCCGAAACUCUCGCGAGCUGUUCCAGUUGACUGGUGACCGUAACUGUAUUCACGUUGAGCUUGACAUCGAGGGUUCAGGAAUUACAUACCAACAUGGAGACCACGUUGGAGUGUGGCCAUCAAAUCCCGAUGCUGAAGUCGACCGUCUUCUCUGUGUUCUCGGACUUUACGACAAGAAGGACUCUGUCAUCGGUAUUGAGUCAUUGGAUCCCGCUCUUGCCAAGGUUCCCUUCCCUGUGCCUACAACGUAUGCCACUGUUCUCCGUCACUACAUAGAUAUCAGUGCCGUAGUUGGUCGUCAAAUUCUCGGAGCCAUGUCCAAAUUUGCACCUUCGCCCGAGGCUGAAGCAUUUUUGAAGAACCUCAAUGUUGACAAGGAAGAAUAUGCUGCGGUUAUUGGACAAGGAUGUUUCAAGUUGGGAGAAAUUCUUCAAAUUGCGGCUGCUAAUGACAUACGUGUUCCUCCCACUAAGGACAACACAACUCCUUGGCCCAUUCCAUUCGACAUCAUCGUUUCGUCCAUUCCUCGGUUACAACCUCGUUAUUACUCUAUCUCUUCCAGCCCCAAGCUUCACCCUACUUCUAUUCACGUCACCGCUGUGGUUCUCAAGUACCAAUCAGCCACCAACAAAGCCACACAAGCGAGAUGGGUGUAUGGUGUUGGAACCAAUUUCAUACUGAACGUGAAAUUUGCUGCCAAUGGUGAAGCAGCACCUUUAAUGAGUGGCACCAGCAAUACGGAUCCCGCAACUGUUUCGAUGCCGUCAUAUGCUAUUCAAGGCCCUAGAGGAGCUCACAAGCAGGAGACGAUCUACAAGAUUCCUAUCCACGUCCGUCGUUCGACUUUCAGACUUCCUACAAACCCGAAAAGUCCUGUCAUCAUGGUUGGACCUGGUACUGGUGUCGCACCUUUCCGUGGCUUUGUCCAAGAACGUGUUGCUCUUGCUCGCCGAACCUUGGACAAGAAUGGACCAGAGGCUCUCGCAGACUGGGGGAAAAUCUCGCUGUUCUAUGGCUGCCGCAAAUCUACCGAGGAUUUCUUGUACAAGGAUGAAUGGCCAACAUACACUGAGGAGCUACGUGGCAAGUUCACCAUGCACUGCGCAUUCUCGCGCGAGCCUCCUUACAAGCCUGACGGAAGCAAGAUCUACGUGCAAGACUUGAUCUGGCAAGACCGAGAGAACAUUGCUGAAGCUAUCUUGAAUGGCAAAGGUUAUGUCUACAUCUGUGGUGACGCCAAAGCCAUGAGCAAAGCUGUAGAAGAAGUCUUGAGCAGAAUUCUUGGUGAGGCGAAGGGUGGUAGCGCCGAAGUGGAGGGCGCAGCGGAGAUGAAAUUGUUGAAGGAACGUUCACGUCUCAUGUUGGAUGUGUGGAGUUGAACGACCAGUCAUGUUAUCCGUGGUUUUAAUCGCUGUAGAUAUCCCUACUCUCCUCACUUCUUUCCCUUGAUUUUCUCCAAGCGUCCAUCAUCAUUAUAUGGCCGCUCAAUGGCGGUAGUACGGAGGCAUUAUUUACUUAAUUUUUUCAGCUGCGAUCGUGGACCGCAUGCAUUAGUAACACGUAUUUCACUGAAUACAAUGGGAAUAGACGUCGCUUUCGACAUCAUCAU